UGUACUUGUCUGCAGACCAGACCCCAGAAAAAGAUGACUCAUCACCAGCUGUGGAUCUUGCUCCUAUGCCUACAAACCUGGGUGGUAGCAGUUGGAAGUGCUGCGGACUCCGAGAUGAAUGGGACCCUUGGGGAAUCAGUUACUUUCCCCUUAAAUAUCCAAAACUCAAAGCAAGUUAAGACCAUUGCUUGGACUUCUGAAUCAUCUGUUGCUGUCAUUACACCAGGAGGCUCAGGAAGAGAAGCCCACAUUAUUGUGACCCACAAUAAUUAUAAUGAUCGAUUAAAAGUCAUAAAUGAGAACUACAACCUGGUCAUCAGUAACCUGAGGAUGGAAGAUGCAGGAAGAUACAGAGCGGACAUCACUACCACUGCCGCCACCACCACCAAGUUCUACCAUCUUCAUGUCUACCGUCGACUUGGGAAACCAAAAAUUACAAAGAGUAUAAUACUAUUUGUGAAUGGUACCUGUAACGUGACACUGACGUGCUCUGCGGACAAAGAUGAAAGGAAUGUGACAUACAGGUGGAGUUCCCUGGAAACAGAGGGCAAUGUCCUCCAACUCAUCCAGACCCCUGAGAACCAAGAGCUGAAUUACACAUGUACCGCCCGGAACCCUGUCAGCCACAGUUCCAACUCUAUCUCUUCCCAGCAUCUCUGUGCAGACGUCAUAACAGGCUUCAAACGCAACUACACCGGGUUGCUGAGUGGACUGGUCAUAGUCUCUUUGCUCAUUCUCAUUCUACCUGCAGUUUUAUUAUUCCAUUUGCACAAAAGAAAGCAAGUGCCAGAUGUUUCCUCAGAGAGCACAAUAUACACAUCUGUCAAGGUUUCGAGAGAUACCCAGCCCGAAGAGUCCAAGAUCUAUGAUGAAAUCUCCCAGCCCAAGGUGUCCCCUGCCAAGAAAGAGUCUGUGCAAACAAUUUAUUCCAUAGUGCAGUCCUCUCAGGAGAUGAAGAAAACCAACGCACUCGACAGCGAACCUCCCAAGACUUCGGGCUACGAAGCGGUGAUCUAGGCCGUGGACAGCACUUUCUUUCUGGAACCUGAGCAUCCUGUACAGUGCUCCCCAGGCUUCUUCGCAUCACCGCACAUGUAGAAAGUAAAGUUUUAUGGCACACUGGGUUCACCUGAGUUACAAGCACAGAUAACCUUAAGCAUCCUGGACUUAGAGCACCUAGAUCUUCUCUGCUGAGGUCUUACUGGGAGAUUGCAAAUCAAAGCUGCUCAUGUCCAGGGCCUCCAUGUGGCGAGAGUAUUUUCAUGAUUAGGGAUGACAUCCCUGUGCAGCUGCUGUUGGAAGAAAGGACCAAUAUUUUGCACAUGUGCAACACGCCAUGGCACAUCAGCUGGGAUGUUCUGCUUACACUCAGCACAUCCGAGGACCCCAGUGGGUGGCUUCCAGCAUCCAUCGCAACAACAACUUGGAGGACAUUAGGAAACAGCACCCGUUCUUUGAGGGACAUGCAGCCCCUCACUUCUAUGCAUAUCAUGUGAGCAGCAUGUGAGCUGUGUGUCACCCCACGUCAACUUCAUCAGCCAGGAAUCUUCAUGCAGGUCACAGCUGACUCAACCAGCUCGUGGGAUGACCAUGCCUCCUGGGAUGUGGGCAGCGUGGUGGCUCUUGGCCACAUGGAGAUGCUGUCCACAUGGGACAUUAGAAGACACUUUCUGACUGAGUUC